UUUUUAUUCGGAACAAUGACCGGUCGAAUAAGUAGCUUCGAUAUGUUCGGUAGUCGAUUUACAUCGGGAGACGAAAUACGCGAUAAUAGAACGGAUGCUCACGCUAAUUUGAAUGUUUUUGGCGCAAAUCGUACUGAAUCGACGUUGCGAAAAAUGCUGUCGUCAGAAACAUACACCAAUACGGAAAACGCACAAAUAAAUUCAUCGACGUCUACCUCGUCGGCAAUGUACGAGGAAAAUGUGUUGGAAAAUUUUACUUCACAGCCAAACCAUCUCCGACGGCACCAAGCUCUCCAGGAGCAGCAUAAUCGUAAUAAACGAAAGCGCAAAGAAUCGUCAUUUUCCUCCUGCUCAUCGUCCUCGUCGUUGUUGUCCUUGGCGUCUAACUCGGAACGAACACCUACGAGCACAGUGGUGGGCGGUGGUGGUGGUGGUGUUGGUGGUAUUGCUAGGGAAAAUCUUUUCAUUGUGGGUGGUCGUGACGCCACACGAAAAGAACAGUGUGCACAACAGAAGAGUGAAAAGUCGUUGAGCUCGUCGUUCCGAUCAGCUGAUUUGAAUGAAUGCUCGCCGCAUGCCAGCCGAGGGACACGGGACGGCGGCAACAACAGGUCGAUGAGACAGCAGGAUGUGCUGGAUAGCGGAGGCGGUGAUGACGAACAUGAUUCGCCCCGGCGGAAACGACCAAAAUACGACUACACACGUGAUCAGAUGUUCGAAAUUUUUCAACCGUGGGUGAUACGAACGUACGGUGAUCGAGCGAAAACAAAAACCAUCACCCUCAAAAAGCAAGCCAGAAUUAUAAAAGCACUCAAGGGCCAGGAAAUGAAUAACCCGGAUAGUUCAAAAUUUAGGUUCUGGGUUAAAACAAAAGGUUUCACUACGUCUAAGCCAGCAGGAUUUCAAGAUAUUUUUGCAUUCCAUGAUCAAGAAGAGAAUGAUGGCUGUCUUCUGUUUGCCCCGAGCACUGCGGAGGCCGACUCUCAGCCCUUCAAAAAGGUCGCAGUUGUUGAAAACUUCUUCAAUAUCAUAUAUGGCGUUCACGUUUCUUUGGGCAGUCGGUCAAGCCGACACGCUGGGCAAAAACGAACCUACAGAACGAUUACAGAAACGUAUGCAUUUCUUCCGAGGGAAGCGGUGACAAAGUUUCUUUCACUGUGCAGUCAAUGCUCCAAGGCAUUGCGACCCCAAACGCCAAUCAAAAUGGAGCUGGCCGAAAGCCCUCUCACCACGAAGACUGAUGAAUCUUUCGACAGGGAACCGAAGGAAUUUUCGCAACCCCGAAGAGUUUCCACUCCGCAAUCUUUGUUGCCGAAUAGUUGUAGCGAUGCUAGUUCAAGUUUCGAUAGAUUAAGCAGUGAUGAGGUUUAUUCAAAGUUGAUAGACUACUACAAAGUGCAAAACGGAGAACGGGACGGUACGGUGUACUAUCAGUUGCUGAAAACAUUUUACGAUAAUGCAUCGAAGAAGAAUGUUGUUUCUAAGGAAGCGGAAAACUCGGCUGAAGAGAAGAGCGAGCCGGUGGUGGAUCUAACCGGCACACCAGAGUCCGAUAAGCAGUCCGAGAUAAAUUUACCCAAUGUGAGUGAAACUGCUUCGAGUGGAAAGUGUGCCUUAGCAGAAAGUGGAAAACAAAUCGUUGUAGAGGGUUGUGUGGGCGCGGGUGGUGAUAGGGAACAUUCGUUCAAUGAUGGGGACCAAUCGUCAAGAGAUUUGUUAGUGUGUGAAGCCAGUGAUGUAAGUGAAAAAAUAGGACUGGGCAAUAAUGACGAAGAUGGUUACGAUGACAGUGCCAGUGAUAGUGACAACGAUCGGAAUGAUUCGAAGCCAAUUACUUCAACUUACUUAGAUAUGACCAGGAGUAUGGGUGUUACGGACGACGACGCAUUAAAUAUGGUAAACUUCGUGGCUUCACAGAGUACGGCUCCUUCUGCUUCCUCUCAGCUGCUGACUGCCACUGCCAGUCGUUUGUGA